AGUACUUAAAAUGCGGUGCGUUAUAUUUUUGCUUUGCGCUACAAUUUUGAGUGUGGCGGCUUGGGACGACGACGAUUUAGAAGUGUUUGACGCGGUAGAUGAAGUAAACCAGAAUUUCUAUGAAUUGUUAGGAGUUACGCAGGAUGCCUCACCAUCAGAAAUAAAGUCUGCCUUCAAGAAACUGACACUGAAGCUACACCCAGACAAAAAUGACGCCCCCGAUGCAGACGUGCAGUUUAGGAACCUGGUAUCUGUCCACAACAUAUUGAAAGAUCCAGGGAAAAGAGAAAAGUACAAUGAAGUGCUCAAGAAUGGUCUUCCAAACUGGCGGUCUGCGGUGUACUACUACCGCCACGUGCGGAAGAUGGGUCUGGCUGAAGGAUCCAUCAUUCUGUUCAUCAUCAUCACAUUCGGACAGUAUGCGGUCGGAUGGGCGGCGUACGCGGAAAAAAGAUAUACUGCUGAACAAAUAUUAAAUAGUAGAGGGAAAAAGCAUUUCAAGAAAUCUGGUUUCGACACUGGCUUAGCAGAAAUACUGGAUCAACUACCUAAACCUAGCAUAAAAGACACACUGCCCUUCCAAAUACCUCGCGCGAUAUGGUGGUCUAUAACUGGCAUUCCACUCGCUCUUAUGGAGCUAAAGAGGAGAAGGAAAGAGAUGCAGGAAGAAGAGAAAAGAAUGAAGAAAAAGGAGGAAGAGGACAAGGCGCGUGCUGAGCGCGAGGCGGCCUUGGCGGCUGAGUACAAGCUGGCGGGUGCGGCGCGGCGACGGCGCGCCUUCCUGCCGCCCGAGCGGGAGUGUCUGCUCGACCCCGCCGCCGAGCCGGACGACGUAGCGCCCGCUGUGCAGCCAGUCAAACCCGCCCCUCCAGUGAUAACAGGCGGUCUAUGGACAGACGACGACUUGGCGGAGCUAGUCCGUCUUGUCAAGAAGUACCCGCCAGGCGCGGCCGAACGCUGGGAACGAAUAGCGGAGGCCAUGUACCGUAGCGUGCCGGAGGUCACUCAUAUGGCGGCCAAAUUGAAAGAGAACUGUUACAAGAUACCCGGACAAGACACUGUUGAGGAAGCCCCGCCUGAACCACCCAAAAAGGUAAAGACGCGCAAGGCGGAGGAGAGCCACGGCGGCAACUGGUCGCAGGCGCAGCAGCGCGCGCUGGAGACGGCGCUGGCGCAGCAUCCCAAGGGCGGCGCGGGGGACCGCUGGCAGAAGAUCGCCUCUCAAGUGCCCGGGAAGACCAAAGAGGAGUGCAUGCAAAGGUGCAAGUAUUUGUCCGAGUCGCUGCGAAAACAGAAGCAGAAAGAAGAAGAGGAACAGAGAGAGCAGGAGCUGCAGAGAGAGAGCACGGAAGCCGUCAGUGAAAGUGAUAAUUAAAAUAAAUGUCUCGGAAUCCCUACAGUUCGUCACGAAAAUUGGAAUUGUUCUGCCUGUAUUUGUAGAUAAGAAGUUUUUAUAAUUAGUCUAAACUAAAAUAACGCGUCCCACUUCAUAAUUUUGUUGAUAGAUGUGUAAAUUGCGGUAGUGGGGCGCGUCAUUUCAAUGUAGACAAACUAUACCAUAGGUCUAGACAUACGGCCGAAAAAAAAACCAGACUUGGAGUAGCUAAAUCCGCAAGCUGUCCGUUCAGCGUGCCCGAAAUUUGAUAUAUUUUUCAUUCCUGUGUAAAUAAUAUCAUUUGUCUGUCCAAAUACGAAAACUCGAUCUUCUCUGUCGAAAUGUGUUAGUUCACUGACGCGUAGCGAUUGAAAUUUGUAAUUACGUAUAGUAUGCGACAGGUUAAGACGGCAACCGGGGUGGGGACUCCCCCUACACCCGCACAGCCCCGCGG